CCCCCCGCCGUCCCCGGUGCGGGAGGGGGGGGAGGCCGCUCCGGUGGGCGCCGCCUCCCUCUUCCUGCGCCACCGUCGGGGGUCCCACCCCUGCCCCCGCUCCGCCACGUCCCCGGGCGGGGGACACAGACACACCCGGGGGGGGCUCGGCUCUGCCGCAGCGCCGGGGUGACCUUGCGCGGGCGGGGGUUGUCCCUGCGUGUCCCCCCAACGGGGCGGGGCUCCCCCUCCGGUGUCGCCCCCCCCGCCGUGCCCCCCGGUGCCCCCCGCGGUGGGGAGGGGCCGGCCCCGGCCCCCGCCCAGCUCCCGCCCGCAGCCGGGGCCGGGCCGGUCGGUGCGGGGUGGCCAUAAAUCACGGCGGGCAGAGCCCCCGCCCCGCCGCCGCCCUCCGCCGCCGCCGCCCGGGGGACCGGGGAGGGGGGGGCAAAGCGUCGCCGCCGCCCCCGCCCCCAGCCCCUGCAGAUGUGGCGGAGCGGCCCGGCGGCCCGGCAGCGGGGGGGCCCGCUCCGCCAAGCCCCGCUCCCCGCCCCGCUCCCCACCCGCCGCCGGCGCUGAGCCCCCGCCGCAGCGCCUGCCUCGGCACCAUGCAUUCGCUGGAGGAGCCACUGGACCUCAAGCUGAGCAUCUCCAAGCUGCGAGCUGCCCGGGAGAAGCGGGGUCCCCCUGCUCCCCGACCCCGUGGUCACCAGCGCCCGGACACCCCGCUGGCCGGGGAUGGCCGAGUGGGGAGCCGGGGCGGUCGCCGUGCUGUGCCAGCCUCACCGUCUGCUGGGCUCCUGGCACACUCCAGGCUGGGGGAGCCGCGGGACGGGCCCUUCCCCACCAUGCCGGUGGUGGACCUCAGCCUCUCGCCCCGCUCCGGUGGGGAGUCUCCAGCCGGCAGCACCUCCCUCUCCCCUGAGCGCCAGGGCAGUGGGGACCUGCCCGGCCCACUCACCCCCCACGAUUUCCAGUCCCUGCGCUACAUCGAUGGCCUCUCCAGCUCCUUCCAGUUCUUCCUGCCACUGGGGGCGGGGGGGGCCCUGCACCUGCCCCCCACUGCUUUCCUGCCCCCCAGCAAGGAGAAGCGUCUCCCCCCCGAGCUGCCCCUGCCCAAGCAGCUCAUCUGCCGCUGGUCCAAGUGCAACCAGUUCUUCGACCUCCUGCAAGACCUGGUGGACCACGUCAAUGAUUUCCACGUCAAACCCGAGAAGGAUGCGGGGUACUGCUGCCACUGGGAGGGCUGUGCCCGCCACGGCAGGGGCUUCAACGCCAGGUACAAGAUGCUGAUCCACAUCCGGACGCACACCAAUGAGAAGCCGCAUCGCUGCCCCACCUGCAACAAGAGCUUCUCCCGCCUGGAGAACCUGAAAAUCCACAACCGCUCGCACACAGGUGAGAAGCCCUACAUCUGCCCCUAUGAAGGCUGCAACAAGCGUUACUCCAACUCCAGUGACCGCUUCAAGCACACCCGCACCCACUACGUGGAGAAGCCCUACUCCUGCAAGAUGCCGGGCUGCCACAAGCGCUACACCGACCCCAGCUCCCUCCGCAAGCACAUCAAAGCCCAUGGCCAUUUCGUCUCCACGGAGCACCCAGAGAUGCUGAAGGUCCAUCCACCUCCCAAAACGCCCCUGGGCUCAGCAGAGAUGCCCUAUGUUAAUGGGGCACAGCUUGUGAUCCCCAACCCCGCUGCCCUCUUCGCUCCCCCGGGGCUUCCAGCGUUGCCCAUCCCUUUGGCGCCGGCACCACUCGACCUCAGCGCCUUGGGCUGUGGAGCUGCUGGUGCCCUACCCGCCCUGCCGGGCCCUGUCCUGCCCCUCAACAGUGGCCCCUUGAACUUGGCCAAGAGCCCGCUGCUGCCCUCGCCCUUUGCGGCGGGGCUGGGGCUGCCCGUCAUGUCGCUGCUGGCCGGCGGGGCCAAGGCCGAGGGGGAGAAGGGCAGCGGAGCCGAGGGGCGGCCACCCAAGGUGGGCAAAGGGCUGGAGAACCGGAAGGAGAGGGGCGAAAGGACGGAGCCGGGGCGGCCACGGGCACCCCCCGAGAGCCUGGCGCUGCUGCCAGGGGCCGUGCUCGACCUCUCGGCUGGUGUCAGCUCGGGGGGCAGCCCUGAGGCACUGCCCCCUGGCUGGGUGCUCAUCCCCCCCGGCUCCCUGCUGCUCAAACCUGCCGCCGUGAAUUGAGGGGUCUGACGAUGCCCAGGGCCGGCUGCUGGCCCAGCGGGCAGAUCCCGCUCUCCAGGGUGGGGGGCAUCUCCCCCUCCUCUCCCUGCAGCGCCCCCAGCCCUGGCAGGGCCUCGCUCUCGCUUUUAACCAUCACGAAAGAAGAACGGACUCUUCUGAGAAAAGCAAUAAUCCCUUGGCAGCCGGAGCUGGCCACGACCCUGUGCCAGGGGAGCUCUUGGGAUGCAGGGGGGUUCCCCUUCUCCCCCCAGUCUGGGCAGCUGGAGACACCACUAUUUAUUUCUUGACCAGCCCCCAGCUCUGACGGGGCCCCACAUGGGCUCAUCUGCUGCUGCCGACUCGGUGUCUCCCUACCCAAGGCCUUGGCACAGCUGGUGCUGGUGUGUGGGGGUCUGCAGCCCCCCAGCCUCCCACCCUGGGGACAGUGGGGCGACAGCUUGAGGACUGAACACUCCCACAGCCCGAGCUGUGCCCAGCUGUGCUGUCUGAUGUCCCCAGCCAGCACGGCUGCAGGCAGUGCCGCAGUCCCUGCUGCGCCAGGCCCAGCUGGCUGGGCACAUGCUGGCCCGGUGCCCACCUGCGCCCCUCUUGCUCCUUGUCCCCUGCCGCCUCCCCGGCCCUCCUCAUGACAAGGCACACGGCCACGUGUGCUGCUCGCUGCGCCGGCUCCGCGCCGGGGCAGAGCCACCCUGUUUAGCUACGUUCAUACCUAACCACAGCCCGCGAGUGCACGCAGGCAGCGCAGGCAGGACUCCAGGCACUGGCAGAGCUGAUGCCAGUGGCACGUUGGCACCAGCUGGCAAGACACCCACACCUUGGGAUGUGUCACCCCACAUUGAGGUUCCCUGUGAGCCCCCCACAGCCGUGGAGCAGUGUUGGGGCAGGCAGGAUGCUGCCACGGUGCCAGGAGCGGGCAGAGCCCAGAGCCUCUCCUGGCGCACGCAGGGGGGUCCCACGUACCUCCCACUGCCAGGUAGGACCCUCACCCACAGCCUUCUCUGAACUGGGGUGGGGGGGUCUCCCCAGUCCUGCCACGUACCCGCUGGAAGGAGUCCCCAGCCCUGCGGGGAGCCGGUCUCCCUGCCCUCACCCUCCUGGGGCCGGGGCAGCCGCCCGGCACUGCCACAGCCCCCACAUGGCCGCGGGCCAUCGACCAGGCCGCCCUGGCCGGUGCACGGUGUAAUGUUUCCUUGCUCCUUCGUCAGUUUGUUGUUGCACAUUCCAGGACAUCAGUAUUUUAACGGUCUCGAAGUGCCUUUCUAUCGUAGUUUCUGGGUUGUUUUUAUUUUCCUCCUGUUGGGCUCCAUCGCUGGUAGCGUAGCAUUUAAGGACUGCAGAAGUAAGAGAUAAGCUAACGACUAUAACACUAUAUUCCUCCAGGGGAGAGGAAGUUUAUUAAGAAAACAAUAAAGUGAAGUUGAAGUAA